AUGUUCCCCAAAACAAAGCGCCUUCGUGUCAAAGAGUUGAUCCGGAUGUGCAUAGCGGAGGGGUUUAUCAAUGAGGAGGAGGCAGAGCAUGGUGGCAGACCAGUAGAAGGCAUUGCAAGGGAUUACCUCCUUCAACUCCAUAAUAGAAGCUUGAUUCGGAUCGUCACCAAAGAGUAUAUAUUUGGUAGAGUGAACAACGAAAUUGAAAUGCAUGACCUGUUCCGUGAUGUAGCUGGUGAGGUGAUUAGAAGGGAAAUGUUUGCUGAAAUCAAAUUGAAGCAUAAUACCAAACUUGAGUGGAAGCAAAGGCGUAGUUUGAUAAUCUUGAAAGGCAAGGGAAAGGUGGUGAAUCUUGAAAAGGGAAAUAUGAAGAAGCUCCGUACACUCAUCAUCCACGGUGAAAGGAUUAUUGUGAAUUCGCUCCCUCAGAUGCUCCAAAACAUGAAGUUGCUCAGAGUUUUGGCGUUGGAAUGGUUACCUGGUGGUGUGGAGGAACUGCCCAAUGAGGUUGGGGAUCUUAUUCAUCUUAGGUACUUAAGUCUGUGUGGUAAUAGGGAUAUGAGACAUCUCCCUGAUUCUUUGGGAAGAUUGCACAAUCUACAGACAUUGGAUUUAAGAUUUACUAAGGUGAAGCGUUUGCCUAAAUGCGUGUCACAGCUUAUGCAGCUGAGACAUCUGUUUGGAGGCAGCGUUACAGAACAAGCGGCAGAUGAUAUAGUAUUCACAUCUUCUCAGCUUCAAACAUUAUCUGGCAUACGGAUUAUUACCAUUCAAGCAAGAGAAUUAGUAAACCUCACACAACUCACUGAGUUGGACAUUAUAUUCAAUGAAGGGGAAGAAUGUUGGAGAGCAAUUUGUGAUUCUGUCAAUAAAAUGACAAAUCUACGCUCUCUAUUUAUUCAGCGUCAAAUCAUUAAUAAUGGUGAUGGUAUGGUAUGGGAAUUUGGAAAUUUCUCACCACCCCUUUAUCUCGAGAAGCUCAAGCUGUCAAAUUUUCAGAAAUUGGUAAAGUUUACUCGCACUCUUAACUAUCUUCGCUCAAUUAAUAUACAAAACUGUGAUGUAGAUGAGGAUUUCUUCAAUAGUUUGGAGAAACUGCCAAGCCUGUUGGAUCUCGACAUUCACAGUUAUAUUAGAGACCAGUUAUUGUGCAGUGAAGAGAGCUUUCCAAAACUCAAGAAGCUAACCAUAUGUUGCCCGGAGCUUACCAAGUGGGAAAUAGGAAAGGGAGCUAUGAAAUUUCUUGAGUCACUAUCUAUGCUCGAGUGCAAAUGUCUAGAAAUGGUUCCAGAAGGCUUGAGAGAAGUUGAGCAUUUGAAAGAAUUGCGUCUAAUUCACCCAUCUCAACAACUUAUUCGAAAGAUAAGUGUUGAAGGAUCAGAUCGAUGGAAGGGCCAAAGUCUUCGGGUCACUGUUCAAAACAAUGACAAAACCAACUGUGCAGCAGCGCAAGCUCUCUUCUGCACAGUUCAGCACCAGGUAGAACCUCUUAAGAAACUGCAUUAUAAAUGUAGUUUCUCUAGUUUGUUUGUUAUUGGGGGAUAUGAAAUAUGA